AGUAGGUGGGAUCCGUAUUGUCAGGGACACGAGUUUUUUUCCCAUAACGACAAAAUUAUAGCAGCAAAAGGUAUUUGUUUUCAUUAUAAAAACUACAGAGCCACGCCAGCAGGUGUAGCGGACAUAUUAAGUCGUCGGUAUGGCGGAGCUGGAGGCGCAGGUCGCCUCCAUUUUAGAGAUAAUGGUCAAUGCGACUGUCACAGAAAUGACCAAAGUUGCGGCUGAAAACACACACGGGUACUCGGAGGAGAAGGUGGUCCAGUUCAGUGUCUUCAUGACAUCUCUGGCCCAAGAAACUGUGGAGAAGAUCUGCCAGCUUUUCCACGAGUGUUCUUCUCUGCUGCAGUUAGAAGUGUCACAGGGCGUGGCAGAGAUCGAGGACCUGAGGAGGAGGCUGGAGGAGGCAGAGACGGAGCUGAAGCUGGUGUUGGAGGGAAGCAGAGGCCAGAAGGAAGCGGAAGAGCUGACAGAGGGAGGAAGUGGAGAGACGGAGGGAGAGAUGGUCCAGAUCAGCCAUCACUCAGGGAGGAAGAGUCGCAGAGUUGUGGCCUGUGGUGAUACUGGAGUGAAAAGGUCGCCGAUAAUUCACCUGUGGAAAGGCAGAACGUACGAGGACAGCGUGCAAUCGGUUAUAAUAAAGGAGGAAGGAUUGGAAGUGUUUGCCGACCAGGCGUCCUCUGAUUCCGGUCAGUACAGAGACGAAGGGGGCCCGGACAACGAUGACGACCCAGACUAUCAGUUGGAUCCAGAAGAUCCGGAUGAUGGUGACACAGGAUACGCCGCCAGACCUAAGCGUGUUGUAAAGCCCAAGACCCGCCGAGGUCAAGCAAAGAAGGAGAGUCAGAGUCAGAACCAGCAGCCUCUGAGCUGCAAACACUGCAGGAAAACCUUCACCAAGCUGCUGCAGCUCAAAGCCCACCAGGCCGUCCACGGGGCCAGCGCAGAGAAGCCCUUCCACUGCUCCCAGUGUGGCAGAGGGUUUUCAUUCCAGCGCAGCCUCAACGCACACGUGCUGCUUCACACAGGUGAGAGGCCACACACCUGUGAUGUUUGUGGGAAGGGUUUCACUCUGAAGCAGCUCCUGAGGAACCACCAGCGGCUCCACGCUGAGGUCCGGCCGUUUCGCUGUGAACAGUGUGGGAAGAGCUUCUACCGAGCCCACGGCCUGAAGAUGCACCAGAUGGUCCACACCGGAGAGCGGGCCUACAACUGCCAGUACUGCAACAAAAGCUUCACAAUACAAGGUAACCUGCAGCGCCACCUGCGCAUACACACGGGGGAAAAGCCUUUCAGGUGUGAUACUUGCGGCAAGAGCUUCAACCAGGCCGAUACUCUGAAAGGCCAUCAGCGGAUACACACUGGUGAGCGUCCCUUUAGCUGCGACACCUGCGGCAAGUGUUUCAUCCAGAAGAGUGCGUUGAAGAUGCACCAGAAGACCUCUCACUCGGGCGAGAACUCGCUGGCCUGCGUGGCGUGCGGCACAGCGGUGGCCUGUGUCGACUCGUUACGCAAACACCUCCAGACGCAUGCGGCAACUAUUCCGUGCACGUGCGUGCUCUGCGGCCGGCGGCUCAGCUCGAUCACUGACCUGCGCUCGCACCAGCAGCACCACACAGUGGACAGGCCUCACAGCUGCGGGCUCUGCGGGAAGAGCUUCAAGUCGUCCAGUUACCUGAAGAUUCACCUGAAGACACACAGCGGGGAGAGGCCCUUCUCCUGCGACAUCUGUGGACGCAUGUUUACACAGCACAGCAGCCUUAAAUCACACCAGGUGGUCCACACAGGAGAGAAGCCGUUCAGCUGCGACACAUGUGGGAAAUGUUUCAGCAACACAGGCAACCUGAACAGACACCAGCGCAUCCACACCGGGGAGAAGCCGUUCAGCUGUGACACGUGUGGACGCAGCUUCAACCAGGGCAACAGCCUGAAGGCCCACCAACAGAUCCACACCGGGGAGAAGCAGUUUAUGUGUGACAAGUGUGGGAAGAGCUUCUCCUACCUGAGGAACCUGAAGGACCAUAAGUGUUUCUAUGUCUGACGCUAAACUGCAGAGACACGUCUGACCUGGUGAGACAGCAGCUGCUGCAAGCUUCCAUGUGUCUGCUGAGAAACAAAUGGACAGAGAGAAAAUAAAGGACUGUUUCCAGUGAAAGCUACUCUGAAGAAAAGUGGUGGAGGCAGAUGCAGCGUGGAGCUCAGAUGAGAGAACAAAUACAUUCACAACCUUUUGUUGAAGUUACCUGACACUGUUAUCCAGAUGGAGCUGCACUGAGUCAAACAGGUGUGGCAGCUGGAAGGAGAGCAGGUAACUGUCCCACGAUCACGGAAGAAAGAACUGCUGAUAAAUUACAGGAAGGAACGAGAGCAGUCACAGGCAACUGGUGUGCAGCACGCGUCAGCCUGAAUGGAAAACAUGGACACAGGAAAGAGAAAGA